AUGCCAAAGCAGGAAAAUGGCCACAAAGAAAAUUCUCUCAUUCAGAAUGACCUCAGUGAAUCAUUUGAAGAAGAAGUUAGAGCCUUCCUCAGUGAUGAAGAGAAACUGUAUCUGUUUGAUGACCUCACAAAAGUUAAUCCAGUGACAACGACAACAGUUCUGAAGUGUCUGCAAGCAAGAUACAAAAUCAACUCAUUUUAUACAAAUGCUGGCUGCAGCCUGGUGGCUUUAAAUCCAUUUCAGCCUGUCUCCUGCCUCUACUCACCUGAGCUUAUGAGAGAGUACCAUGUUGCACUUCGUCCAGAUGUUCUCUUUCCUCACAUCUUUGCAGUGGCUGAGCAAAGCUACAGAAACGUCCAAAACCAGAUCGAGCCUAUAAACCAGUCCAUCAUUGUGAGUGGAGAAAGUGGUGCUGGGAAGACCUGGACCUCUCGCUGCCUUAUGAAAUUCUAUGCUUCUGUUGCUGCUUCAGUUAUCUCCCCAAAAGGCAAUGAAACUGUGGAAAGGAUAGAGAAGAGAGUGUUAGAUUCCAACCCUGUCAUGGAAGCAUUUGGGAACGCGUGUACCCUGCGGAACAGCAACAGCAGCCGCUUUGGGAAGUACAUCCAGCUGCAGCUAGACAGAUUCCAUCACCUGAGUAGUGCUUCCAUUCAGACUUACCUUUUGGAGAAGACCAGAGUUGCCUAUCAGGCCCCCAAUGAAAGAAACUUCCAUAUUUUUUAUCAGAUCACAAAAGGUGCUACUGCAGAGGAGAGGCUGGAGUGGAACCUUCCAGAAGGGGCUGAAUAUCGCUGGCUGCCAAAUUCUGAAAGAAACUUAGAUGAGGACUGCUUCGAGGUGACCAGAGAUGCAAUGUUUCACCUGGGCAUUGACCACGCCACGCAGAACAAUAUUUUCAAGGUAUUAUCAGGCCUGCUCCAUCUUGGGAACGUCCAAUUCUCGAAUCCAGUGGAUGAAUCUCAGCCUUGUGAACUAGAAGAGAACACUAAAGAUUUUGUGAAGACCACUGGAGAUUUGCUGAGGAUACCUGUGGAGGAACUACUGGAAUCCUUAAGAAUCCGAACAAUAACUGCUGGGAAACAACAACAAGUCUUCAAGAAGCCAUGCUCCAGAGCUGAGUGUGAGACCAGGAGGGACUGCCUGGCCAAAGUCAUCUACGCCAGGUUGUUUGAGUGGCUGGUUCUGGUCAUAAAUGGAAGCAUCUAUGCAGACCCAGCAGCAUGGAACAGCUUCAUAGGUUUGUUGGAUGUUUAUGGUUUUGAAGCCUUCCCUGAAAACAACUUGGAACAGCUCUGUAUUAACUAUGCCAAUGAGAAGCUGCAGCAGCACUUUGUAGCACACUAUCUGAAGGCACAACAGGAGGAAUAUGCAGCUGAAGGCCUGGAGUGGUCAUUCAUAAACUACCAGGAUAACCAGAACUGCCUUGAUCUGAUAGAGGGAAAUCCUCUCAGCAUUUUUUCCUUGCUGAACGAGGAGUGUCGUCUGAACAGAUCCUCCAACACUGACCUGUUCCAAACUCGGAUCCAGAAGGCCUUGGCUAGUAAUCAGUGUUUGAGUCGAGACAAGUUUAGUAAGAAGCCUAACUUCAUCAUUUCUCACUAUGCUGGUAAAGUCUGCUAUCAGCUGGCAGCAAUGGUGGAGAAAAAUAAGGAUGCUGUUCCACCAGAGCUGGUCCAUGUUUUGCAGAACUCUAAGGACCCUUUGCUUCAAAAAUUAUUUCCUGUGACAGAAGAGAACCAAAAUAACAUCAAACCCCAGAACAGAGCAGCUGUUGUUACAGUGGUGUCCAAGUUCAAGAGCUCCCUGGAACACCUCAUGCAGAUUUUGCACAGAACCACACCACAUUACAUCAGAUGCAUCAAGCCCAAUGCUGACUGCAAGGCAAUGACUUUUAAAAGGAAAGAGGUUCUCAGCCAGCUUGAGGCAUGUGGAAUAGUUGAAGCCAUCACCAUCAGUGCUGCAGGAUUCCCUGUCAGGAUCCCUUUACAAAGCUUCACCGAGCGCUAUAAAAUCCUGAGAAGAUCCUGUGGGUCCAGUAAGAACAGAGUGUGUGAGAAAAGCAACUGUCACCCUGCUGAGAAAAAAGGUGAGACUGCAGUGAUGGAUGAUGACAGAGCAUCACGUUCUGCUGUCCUUGACAUCCUUCUGAGUGUUCUCCCAUGCCAAAGCAGUGCUGAGCAGACAGGGAAUGGAGCAGAAACCCCCUCAGUGUACUGUGGCAAAACCAAAGUGUUCCUGGCCAAUUCCAUGCUGGAGCUUCUUGAGGCUAGGAGAGCAAAGGUGCUAAAUGAGAAAGCAUUUUGCAUUCAGUGCUGCUGGAGAAGAUUUAAACAGAAGAAACUGUUGAGGGAGAGAUAUUCUGCAACUGUCAUCCAAGCAGCUGUUCGUUCCUGGUUGGCCAAGAUUCGCUUCCGAAGGAUGCGCAGAGCUGCCAGCAUCAUCAAACACAGCUGGAGGACGUGGAGGGCAAAAAUGGCUGCGUUAGCUGCAGCAGAACUGGAUGAAGGGGAAGAAAAAGUGUUCUCAGCUCCUGGAGCCACAGUCAUCUCAGGCAAACUGCCUUGUUCUUUGGAAGCAUCAUGGUCCCUGCAGGCAGUCACCCAGUUCUGGCCUCUGGGGCUCGUGCUGGCUGCUGCACCCGUCAGGGCAACGGGGCCUCGCCGGGCCCUGGCCCUGCUGGCCUGUCUCAAGGGGCUCCAGGACAGCUGCUGCAGGCUGGACAGCUGUUCCCUGGGCUGUGGCAUCACUUCCAUCAGAGCUCUCCCACAGGGCUCUGUCAGGUUCCACUGCAGGAAGUCUCCCCUGCAUUAUGCCAACGUCAGCCCCCACAGGGAUUCCUAUUCCAUCUCGGGGUUUAACCAGAUCCUGCUGGACAGAAAGGAGCUCCUGCCCACAUAG